AUGGCUGAUCAGCCCGGGCCGCGUGGGCUCGCGUUGAUGAGAUGGAUCAUCGCCUUUCUUGUCAUCUGUUCCAUCUUCAUGCUUCUACGCCUCUACGCCGCGAGACUGAUUAAACGAAAAUGGUUUGCCGAUGAUGUAUUCUCGGCCAUAGGCUACGCAGCCACAGUAUCACAGGGCGCCGUGACCAUCUGGGCCAUCUACCAUGGCGCCGGCAAGCACCAGGCAGAUUUGCCUCUACAAGACAUUGCACUCAUACUCAAGGUACUGUAUGGCCACAGCGAUAUAAUCCUCAAGGAAGUAGAUACUGAUUCGCUUCAAAUGUUUGCACACCAGAUCUUUCAACUCCCCUGCGCCAUCACUUGGCUCGUCGGGACCGUCUCGGUCAAGAUAGCCAUGCUCUGCCUGUACACCCGAAUCUUCACAACACGUCAGUUCAGGCGAUGGGCAUAUUCCCUGAUGGCAGCCGUCGCAAUCUAUUUCGUCGCUUUCCUGAUCCUGUUCAUGACCAACUGCAUACCUCUCUCCCACCUUUGGAAUCCCGUCCCGGGAGGUUGGUGUCGCGCCAUCGAGAUCGAAGAAUACACCUCGGUGGUCUUUAACCUGAUGAUCGAUCUCUGCAUCGUUAUCUUGCCCAUGCCGUCUCUUUGGAACCUGAAGAUGCCUCUGCGGAACAAGUUCUUCGUCAGCAUCAUGUUUAGCAUUGGUUUGAUUACCAUUGGUGUAAUGUGCUGGAAGUUGGAAGCAACGACUGCAACACUCAAUGACCCCGACUUCACGCACUACUUUACAGAUAUCGGUAACAUCUCCGCCGCUGUCUUGCCGGUAGAUAUCACGGACGAGGCUGCUCUCAACAAGGCGUCAGCAGCAGUGGGAAAGUGGGACAUACUGGUGCUCGCCGCUGGCUACUCUGCCACUCCGGGGCCGAUGACCGAAGCAGACACGGACGAGUGGUGGCAAGGCUUUGAGUUCUUGAAUCUUGCUGAGCUCGGGUUUCAACAGACAAACGUCAAAGGCACGUUUCUUGCUCUCAAGGCAUUCAUGCCCUUUGCCGAGCCCUCGCAUGCAACAGUGCUGAGCUUAGUCACGGGUAUGGCAGCACUGCCGGCCAAGAACUUGCCCAAUCUGUCUUCAUAUCUGGCGUCCAAGCUUGCGCAGACCAAGGUCAUCGAGUUCCUGCCCGUCGAAAACCCCAACAUCUUUGCGGCCACUAUACAUCCUGGCAUGGUUGAGACGGCGAUUUUCAACAAAUCAGGUGCGGAUUCUACGAAGCUCCCCAUGGACAAAGUGGAGCUUUCCGCACAUUUCAUCGUUUGGAUGUCCAGCCAGGAAGCUAGCUUCUUGAACGGUCGUUGUGUCUGGGCCAAUUGGGACGUGGAAGAGCUCAAGGCACAAGCCGAGACCAUUCAGUCAAGUCUGCAGAUGACCUCCGGUAUCUAUGGAUGGCCUUACCCGCACAUGUAG